CCAGCUAGCCUACAAACCUAUCCUCUGGAUCCUUCGAGUUGGCACCGCUUCCUCCCACCUCCAAUUUCUUUCUCGCACAGUGACGGUCGCCAACCGUCCUCAUGACGAUCGUUGCACCUCACCUGUCGCCCUCUUGGUGGACGUCGCUGUCCGUCACCAUCUUGAUCCUGAACUUCUUGGCUCCAUCGGAAGCGCAGAAUACGAACGUCACCUGCGGACCCGAUUGGGAUUGGGCGCAGAAUAGCAAAGGACAGAACCCAUGUCUAGUGGCGGCAUAUCUGAUGGAAAUGUGCUAUUACCCCACAAGCCCAACCGGUGACGCGUCGACUCAAAAUGAGUGUGUGUGUUCCACUCCUGUGUAUCAACUCAUGUCUGCCUGCGGUGCAUGCCAAGGUCGGUUGUUUGUUGGUUGGCAAGAAUGGAAGUUCUACUGUCCAAGUUACGGGUUUGGCGCUGGCCAGUUUCCAAAGGCGGUUCCUGUUGGCACGGCCGUUCAGUACUGGGCCCAAAUUGACCCCGCAAUAUGGGGCGAUAACUUCAACGCUGAUCGUGCCAAAGCUAUUGGAGGUAUAGUACUCUGGUUCACUCCUGAGAUUGCAUGAUGCGAUGAGACUGUCCGGAUGAAAGAUGAACCUGAGUUGACGUCAUCAAACUCUACUCUGACCUCUACCUCAUCUUUCUCUACAUCGUCUUCAUCCGCCCGUCCCACAACGACCGUAAGCCACACAGGAAGUUACGGUUCUGGCUCUUCGAAUCGCAAUCGAAGAAUGGGUUCCCAGUCAGACGAGUCGACGCGGGUGGUUCCGGACUCGGAGAAUGGCAAGGCGGGGGGCAAGACCGUAUCUCUGGCGAACAAUAGUCUAG